AUGACGAUCACUCUUGUCGAGGUAAUGCUGGUUUGCAAGUCGGUGGUGAUCGGACCUCCUUACAGUACAGGAAGUGGAGGUAGCUGGGAUCGACGGCAUGGCCUGUUGACUGGACUAGUCGGCAUUUUGACUACGAUUCUCUAUGAGGUUCUAAGAUUAUAUCCACCUGGAAUCACACUUCUUCGACAAACAUACAAAGAAGUAAAGUUGGGAGAGUUUACUUUUCCGCCAGAUGUGCAACUUAUGUUGCCUAUCCUCCUACUCCAUCAUAGCAAGGAGUUUUGGGGUGAGGAUGCAGAAGAAUUCAACCCUGAUAGAUUUUCUGAAGGAGUUUCAAAGGCAACAAAGAACCAACUCAUCUUUUUUCCAUUUGGUUGGGGUCCUCGAAUCUGCAUCGGCCAGAGCUUUGCACUUAUAGAAGCAAAAAUGGUCUUGGCGAGAAUUCUGCAACGCUUUUCAGCUGAAUUGUCACCAUCUUAUACCCAUGCUCCUCACACUAUUUUAACUCUUCGGCCUCAACAUGGUGCUCAAGUCAUUUUACACAAACUUCUUUUACUAUAA